CGAAGUUUCAUAGCAAGUGCACAAAACUUAUGUGCAGCCUAUAAAUUAAAGCUCCAUCUCCUACCUUCACUUCCAAGCAUAUCUAAGACCAAAUAGAAAAACAGUGGUACAACAUUAUGGGUUUACCUCUUUCUCUCUUCAUUUUCAUGCCCUUCCUUAUCGUGCUUUCAACGUUGCAUCUUGUAUUCACCAUUUCUUCUCCUUUUAUGCAACCCCUGUGCCAUCAUGAUGACAGCUCUGCCUUGUUGCAAUUCAAGGAAAGCCUUGUCAUAGACGAGUCUGCUUCUCCUUUGGCAUAUAUGUUUCCUUGUCAAAAUAAGGUUGCGUCUUGGACAGUGGAAUGGGACAAAAGUGAUUGCUGCUCAUGGGAUGGGGUGGAGUGCGAUGAGGACACUGGUCAUGUAAUUGGCCUCAACCUCGGUAACAACUGUCUAUUUGGUUCUAUUAACUCCAACAGUAGCCUUUUUGGCCUUGUUCACCUCCAAAGCCUUAACCUUUCCUACAAUGACUUUAACGGCUCUCAUAUCCCAUCCCAGGUACGUGAUCUUUCAAGGCUAAUAGAUCUCGAUCUCCGUUUGUCUUCUUUUUCUGGUCAAAUCCCGUCAGAAAUUUCACAAUUGUCGCACUUGUCAUCUCUCGACCUGUCCUACAAUUAUAUGUACUCUUUUGACCACGACAUCACUUUGGAACUCAAAGAGCCCAUCCUCAGAAGCCUAGUUGCAAAUUUGACCAGCCUACAAAAGCUUGAUUUGAGUUAUGUGAACAUGAGCUCUACGGUACCUAAUAUUUUAGCAAAUUUGUCUUCUUUAACGCACCUCGGUCUCAGAAGAUGUGGUUUGCACGGGGAAUUUCCAAAAGGCAUCUUUAAGCUAUCAAAGUUACGGCAUCUUAAUGUGGGAUACAAUGAAGGCCUCACCGGUUAUUUGCCUGACUUUACAUGGAGUAGUCCGCUUGAGACAUUGAGUCUGGACGACACGAGUUUAUCAGGGGAGCUACCACCUUCUAUAGAAAACCUUGGCAACCUGAUUGAGUUGAGAAUGAAUAGUUGCAAUUUCUCGGGGUUCAUUUCAUCUUCACUUGGUAACCUCACUAAACUCACUUAUCUUGACCUUUCCAAUAACACUUUUGUGGGCAAUAUUCCGCAUUCACUUGGAAACCUUGUUCAACUAUCUUCUUUAUACAUUUUCUACAAUCAAUUGACAGGUCCAGUCCCUUUAAUUCUUGGAAACCUUGUUCAAUUAUCUUCUUUAGACAUUUCCUACAAUCAAUUGACAGGUCCAGUCCCUUUAAUUCUCGGAAACCUUGUUCAACUAUCUUCUUUAUACAUUUCCCACAAUCAAUUGACAGGUCCAGUCCCUUUUGAAGUUUUAAACUUACCACAACUGUUUUUUGUUGAUCUUAGCUAUAAUCUUUUGCACGGUGAAAUGCAUCUUGAGCUUAUGAAUGGGACAGGAUUGGAGUUCCUUAUACUGAACAACAAUCGGUUAAGUGGCCCAAUACUUACUUUUGGGCCUACAACUCUACAAUAUCUGGAUCUUUCUAACAACUUUUUCACAAGCUUUGGUCAACAUCCAACUUUUCUUUCAUGGACUCAUCUACAAUUUCUUGAUCUCACAUCCAAUUCGCUCCAAGGAUCACUUCCUAUUCUACCAAACAAUACUUCACAUUUUUUUAUUUCAAAGAACUCAUUGACCGGAAAUAUACAAGAAUCGUUUUGCAAUCUGAGUUCUCUUGAAGUCCUUGAUUUGGCUAGUAACAACUUAAGUGGUUCACUUCCUCGAUGCUUGGACAACUUUGGUGCUUCUCUAUCAGUGCUUGAUCUGCAAAGGAACAAAUUUCAAGGAAGCAUUCCAGAAACUUGGAUUAAAGGAGGCCAAUUGGAGAUAAUAAAUUUAAGUCAAAACAAAUUCCAAGGGCAGUUACCGAGAUCGUUGGACAAGUGUACGAUGCUCAAGGUCCUAGAUAUAAGCAAUAAUGAAUUCAAUGACAGAUUUCCCUCUUGGUUGGAAAAUCUUCCAAAUUUACAGGUUCUCAUUUUGCGGUCAAACAAAUUCCAUGGCCCAAUAAGGACUUCUAAGAGUGAAUACAUGUUCCCAAAGUUGCAAAUCAUUGACCUCUCUCACAACAAUUUUGUUGGAAAGCUACCACUAAAACUUUUCGGCAACUAUAAUGCAAAAACAUCCGAGACUGCAAAUCGUUUGACAUAUAUUCAUGUAUCCUCAUCUCCUAGUUACAAGGUUUAUGAAUAUGAUUACUCCAUGACAGUGACAAACAAAGGUGAGAUUAUGUUCUAUGAGAAGGUCCAAGAAUUAUUAAUGGUUGUUGAUAUCUCAAGAAAUAGAUUUGUCGGUGAGAUUUCAAAAUUUAUUGAAAAUUUAAGGGGGUUUCAUUUGCUCAAUCUUUCUAAUAAUGCUCUUACUGGCCACAUCCCACCAUCUUUAGGGAGCCUUACGGAGCUUGAAGCAUUGGACCUUUCUCAAAACAUGUUGUCAGGGGAGAUUCCACAACAGCUAAUACAGCUUACUUUCUUAGAAUUCUUCAAUGUUUCUCAUAAUAUUCUCACAGGACUUAUACCACGAGGGAAACAAUUUGAUACAUUUCAAAACAAUUCAUUUGAAGGGAAUCCAGGAUUGUGUGGAAUACCAUUGACAAAGAAAUGUGAGAAUUUUGAUGAGACGCCUUCUCAACCUUCCAUCUCUCAAGAAAGUCACGACUCUAAAUCACCAUUUGAAUUUGGUUGGAAAAUAGUUGCAAUUGGAUAUGGAUUUGGAUUUGUUGUUGGAGUAAUAAUUGGGCCCAUUGUGAUCGCAAGGAAGCAUAAUUGGUUAAUGAAGACAUUCCGAAUAAGGCCAUUGAGUAGGAGGAGGCGCCGAAAUUAAAUAGAACAUUCUGGACAUGAUGCCUUCCCAAAGCAAUAUAUUAUUAUUAUACCCGUGUGUUAUUUUGCUUGUAAUCUUAUUUUUCUGUGUGUUGUUUUGUGUAUUUAGAAUUAGCGUACCAUGACGACGUUGUAUGUAAAAUGCUUUGGUAAAAUCUUUUAUAUAUAUGCUCUUUCUAUAUUGUUUUUGCAAGUUAAUAAUGGUCGGAAAAUCCUUUUUA